AUGAUAUUAUGUGAAACAAGAAGAAGACAAAGAAGAAUGGCAGUUCAUGCUGAAACCGAAGAAGAAUAUCUCCAAAAAUUAACCAAAUAAGAUGAAAGCCGAUAAAGACUCACGGAGCACCAAUAGCCUUCUCCAUAACUAGAAGGAUUUAUUAUAAAUCAUGAUUUUUCGUUCGAUCCAUUCGGUUCUGAGCCAAUCUUCUUGCUUUAAAAGACCACUAUUUAUAAAUCUCACUUUCUAUUAUUGAUAUGUGAGGAUUUUUCUAUGAACCUAAAGAGACUAUAGUCUAUUUUGGAUUCCUGUAAGCUCAAUCUGAUUAAACUUAGCAGAGACUUCAGAUAAUCUAACAGAUAGCACCACCGAAGAAUAGACAUAAUCAAACAAUAUCAUUUUAAAAUAAGAUUGUUAUGUUCACACAAUUACCUUUGGAAAUGUAAUCCAUAAAUUCCAUAUUUGGAUACUCAAUCACUUAAAUCCCUUAGAAAUUUUCAAAGAAUUGUAUUAUCCUUUAUUCAAUGCAUUCGUUGUUGUUGCUAAUAAAGGAAAUAAUAACAAAUAAAUUUUAUUUUAGGCAGAAUUUACAAAAAUGCUCUAAUUUAAUUAAGCAGUUUAAUAUCACACAAUUUCGGACUCUGA